GUCUAAGAAGCAUGAAGACACACAAUACGGUAUUCUCUCCUGCAUUAUCUGCAGUUAGAUACAAAAAUCUUGUUUCGACAGCUGGGAUCGCUAGUCUCCAUGAUACCUCUCCAUACCAAGGUCCACCAUCCGAAUAUAAUAAUCAACUCUGGGAAGAUCUAUAUCAAUUCGGUAUCACCAGAAUACCCAUGAGCGAAGCUACCCAGCUGGCAAACAGAACCGUGCCUAUAUCAGAUGAUCCGGGCUACUACGCUGUGACUCUAGAUGUCUUCCAUCAACUUCAUUGCCUAAACAUGAUUCGACAAACUGUUUGGCCAACUGGUCCGAUGGAUUUCAAUCCAAUUCAUGUGGAUCACUGCAUCGACUCGAUUAGACAGAGUCUCAUGUGUUCUAGCGAUAUCACUCCCAUACCAUACAUUUGGUUUACGGAGUAUCAAGAGGCCCUUCCGGUAACUAAUGUGUUGCGUACGUGUCGUGACUUCGAUGUGUUACGGGAUUGGGCUCAAGAACGUCAAUCUUUUACCUUCAAUUCUACGAUCUAUGUAGAUGACCCUCUGGGCAAUGUUUUGAUUGAACCUAUAGACAAUAUGGUGGUCUGAUUGUUAUAUAGUGGGGUUAUAUUGACGGUCAAAACAGGAUUUAUUGAAAUUGUAGACGCGAUAUAUAAUGGAUAUCCC